ACAGCGCCGCUGACUUGACGCAGUAGCGGUGACCGGAGGCAGCGCGGCGGAUCAAUCGUCGUCGUCUGCGGCUGAUCGGGAUUGUGCGGAGACGCGGACGCCGUGUGGGUUGACCCUCUGUCUCCAUCGUCUCCAUUGUUGCUGUCUCCAGGUCUUAGUCUGGUCCGGUCCAUAUGCAGUCGGUCUAAGGCUUGGUCUGCUUCCUGGUGGUGCUCCUCCUCCUCCCUCCUGUCCCCUCCCUCCUCCCCCGCCCCUCCCCCUUUGUCCUGGCCCCGCCUUCCUAUGUCUGAACCGGACCGGACGAGGACGCUGCGUUUAGACCGGACCCCCUCCAGCAUUUAGUCCAGACCGGCGGCCUGAGCGGCUGCCCCCCCCCCCCACAGGUGGAUGAAUGAAGACCCCAUUCAAGAGUCCAGCGGCCCCUCGGCCCCGAGCCGACACAGGUGAUUCAGGAGUUUCUGCAAAUAUGAUGAAGAAGAAGAACUCCAACAAGAAGUCCAGGUCCACAGUGGGUCCUUCUAAAACCAUGACCCAGCCUCGCAGGAACAUUGUGGGUUGCAGGAUCCAGCACAUUUGGAAGGAAGGCAGUAAAUCCUCCCAGUGGAAGGGGACCGUCCUGGACCAGGUCCCGGUGAACCCGUCCCUGUACCUGAUCAAGUACGACGGCUUCGACUGCAUCUACGGCCUGGAGCUGUACAGCGACGACAGGGUGGUGGGCCUGGAGGUGCUCCAGGAGAGAGUGGCUCCAGCCCGGGUCACAGACUCCCUCCUGGCCGACACCAUGAUCGGGAAAGCGGUGGAACACAUGUUUGAGACGGAGGACGGACCCAAGGAGGAGUGGAGGGGGAUGGUUCUGGCCCGUGCACCCAUCAUGACGUCCUGGUUCUACAUCACCUACGAGAAGGACCCGGUUCUCUACAUGUACCAGCUCCUGGAUGACUACAAGGAGGGAGACCUGCGCAUCAUGCCCGACUCCACUGAUGGUGGCGGCUGUGAGCGUGAACCCGGUGAGGUGGUGGACAGUCUGGUGGGUAAACAGGUGGAGUACGCCAAAGAGGACGGGGGGAAGCGCUCUGGGAUGGUCAUCCACCAGGUGGAGGCCAAACCCUCCGUCUACUUCAUCAAGUUUGACGACGACUUCCACAUCUACGUCUACGACCUGGUCAAGACUUCGUAAGACCGGGACCCGGAUGGGCCCGGUCCGGACCCGGUUGGACCCCCGGAGAUGCUCUGUGACCGGGACGGACCGGGACCCAAGCCCACAAAAAGACUGCGAGACCUGCAGAGAUCACAAAGACCGCUUUGACUCCAUCAGUCACGACUCCCACAUCUACAUCUACAGCUGGGUCAGGACUUUGUAAGACCAGGACCUGGACCGGACCUGGACCUGGACUGGGACCUGGACUGAGGUGGUUGAGACAUCAUAGGACUCUGUGACGUGGGACUGACCAGGACCUGAGCAAGACCUGCAGAAUCCACUAAACCUCCUACAGACUUGUUUAAGACUCUGAACCCUCAGAACACCUCCUGGAUCUAGAUCUGAGCCCUGAUCCACAACUGAGCCUUAAGACCUGACAGAAUCCCUUGACCCCCACCCCCAUUAUUGACCCACAUCCAAACCUCAGAUCAGUCUGUGGUCUGGAUCAUGAACACCUGAAAGAGAUGGGGGACACAAAGACCUGAACCAGACUGGGACAGAUGUGAGACCAUGUGAUGCCUCUCCUGAGACCCCAUUGGACUGUCUAAGAACAGAUCUGACUUCUUAGACCCCAUUGGACCAUCUGAGACCAGAUCUGACCCCUGAGACCCCAUUGGACCGUCUGAGACCCCAGUGGACCGUCUGAGACCAGAUCUGACUCCUGAGACCCCAUUGGACCGUCUUAGACCCCAUUGGACCGUCUGAGACCAGAUCUGACUCCUGAGACCCCAUUGGACCGUCUGAGACCCCCUUGGACCGUCUGAGACCAGAUCUGACUCCUGAGACCCCAUUGGACUGUCUGAGACCAGAUCUGACUCCUGAGACCCCAUUGGACUGUCUGAGACCAGAUCUGACUCCUGAGACCCCAUUGGACUGUCUGAGACCAGAUCUGACUUCUGAGACCCCAUUGGACUGUCUGAGACCCCAUUGGACCGUAUGAGACCCCACUGGACCAUCUGAGACCAGAUCUGAUGGGUUUAAUGAAGGAGUGGGGACAUGGACCAGUCAGGGGACACAUCCUGUCUCCUACAUUACCCAUAAUGCCUCUUUGUACCCGCUGUUAGCUUCAGCAUUGUGUUGUGCUUGAGUGAGAACGAGGCUCCUGAUUGGCCGUUUCCCUCGUCUGUGCCAAACUGAAGUAUUAAUGAACUGACACUGAAAAGUCCUAGCGUCCUUGAAUGCACCAUGGUGGUUGGUCUGUAAACCUGCUCUGAUUGGCCCAUUCUCAAACGCACAUGUGACUCCAUUUCACCUGCUUUUUCAUGAACUGAGGUUUUUAUUCCACGACUUGUGGCGUUUCUUAUUUUCCUUGUGAAACCUGAAUGCACCAUCUCUAUGGUAACCAUGGUAACAUUUCCAGUUUGAACUGAGGUCACAGGUGAAAAAACAAACAGAAUGUUUAAGAAAAGGAAACAGAAAAUCAGAUGGUUCUGACUCAGAACUUAAACACACCUUUGUUUGUUUGUUUGUUUACUUAUUUGUUUUCUGGGUCAGAUGUUUCUCCAGUUUUUCUGAUUUAUUUAUUUUGUCAGUAAAUGAUGCACAUUAACUCUGACGCCCUUUAGUUCAAUCUGAUUCACCUGUUUGAGUUUCAACCAACUGACAAAAGACAAACAAAGACAUAGACCGACAUGGGCCAACGUGGACCGCCGUGGAGUAUUGGACUACAUGACUGUGAUGUGUUGAAAGCCGGUGGAAACGGAGUGGGACGCGUUUAUUAGAGACGAUGUGUCCAAAAGUAUGUGGACAUGUGUCUGUGUUAAUUCAAUCUGCAGGUUGGACCUUUGACCUUUGACUCCUCAGUCGUUGAAGAAACCGUUUAAAUGUUUUUCACUCCACAGGUAAAUGUUUCUAGAACAUGCAAACAUGUUGAACAGACCACAUCAGUUGACUGUGAAUAAAGUCCCAGUUCAUGAAGUGUGUGUUGGAUUCACACAGACACUAUCCACAUACUUUUGACCACCUGUUUCAUCGUCUCGGAUCAAAGACGUAGUUUUAAUAUUUUAAUGUCAUAUCGGGACCAAUCAAUCGAUCAAAUGGUUAUUGAUCGCCUUCAGACUCUACAGAUGACGGAGUCCCAACUCCAUUACCCACAAUGCCCCUGUGUUCUGUCAGGUGAAGGUCAGGUGUUCUGGGGGCAGAGUCACAACACGCCUGCAAGACGCUGACAUCGAGGCGGCUGGAUUUUACACAUCUGUUCAAGUGGGAAUGUGUUCCAGUCUUAUUGUGAUGACAUGGCCCUGGAGGAGCCUGGACACGCCCCCUGGAGGAGCCUGGACACGCCCCCUGGAGGAGCGUGGACAUGUCGCCCCCCUGGAGGCGUGUCGAGGUCACGCCCCUGGAGGCGUGUGGAUGUCCUGCCCCCUGGCGGCGUGUGGACGUCACGCCCCCUGGCGGUGUGUGGAUGUCCCGCCCCUUGGCCAUGUGUGGAUGUCCCUCCCCCUAGAGGCGUGGCCGUCCCACCCCUUGGCGGUGUGUUGACAUGGCGGUGUGUGUCUAUGCCUCCAUGUGGCGUGUUUGUGUCGGUGCAUGCUUCUCUUCUGUAUUUGCGUGUCAAUCGGUGCGUGUUGCAUGUCUGUGCAGUUUUCGUUGUUGCCGUGUGCCUUUGUUUGUUGCUUUCGGUUCUUCUUCUUCUUCUGUAUAUUUGCGUAGCGUCGGAGGCGUCACAUGGACACAAACACGGCGUCUUCAAAGGACACAAGCCUCGGCGUUUGUUGUGUUUUUGUCCCUUUAAUGCCGACACAUCAGUGUUUGUACAGAAACUGAACGCAGCUCAUGUUAUUUACUACAAUAAACAUUUGUGUUUUUACAAA